AAUUCUAUUAAUAAUGGCGACAACAACAAGAAUGUUCUGUUUCGUGCUCGUGAUCGUUCUAAUGGGAUGUUGUUGCUCGGCAAAAAUCUACAAAGUGGGAGACUCGAAGGGAUGGAGAGCGAAGCACGGUAGCUAUCAUGAAUGGGCUAAGCGUAAGGAAUUCCAAGUGGGGGAUUCUCUGAUGUUCGAAUACGAUGGCAACGUCAACGACGUCACUCAAGUUUCCAGUCGUUUGGAAUACCAAUUCUGCAACUCGCUUUCUCCUAAAGCUGUCUACAACACAGGGCACGAUGUCGUGACUCUCACGGAACCAGGUUAUCACUUCUUCAUCACAUCAGAUCAUUCUCAAUGCGUAGCCGGACAGAAACUCGUCGUUUUUGUCGUACAUGACCAUCCGAUUCCUUCACCACCACCACCGAGAAAGAUCCUUCCAUUCGGAAAAGAUUACAAGGUCGGUGACUCCAACGAAUGGAGGGUUCCUGAAGAGAGUGACUUCUAUUCCAAGUGGAGUGAGGAGAAACAGUUUCAUGUAGGAGACAAUCUUCUUUUCUACUACAACGACCAAGUCGAUGACGUCCUAGAAAUCAACAGUGAUCUUGAGUUCAAAUCUUGCGACACUACUUCUCCUGUUGCCGUGCACAAUGCUGGACAAGAUCUCAUAAGGCUAACGAAACCAGGAAUCCGCUAUUUUAUUACCUCAAAGAUUGGUCAUUGUGAGGCUGGGCUUAAGCUUCGAGUUGUAGUGCGACCACUAUCCAAAAGUGUUCCUAAGAAGAUGCAGUUGUCACCUUUGGACUGUCUCAUCAAGUGGCUACAUGAUUCCUUCACACCCCACCCCCAUCACUAAGAAAUUCGUUUCUUUUUUUUUU